UCGGUGUCUCUUCGCAGUUUCUGGAAUCAACCCAUCACUUCCGUCCAAGACUCAAGAGUCUACUCUGAUUCUCUUCAAUGGCUUUCGCUCACUACUUGGUUUCUGUUCCUGUCGAGACAUCCAAACACGCAAGAACAUCGAUACUAAGUUGCUCUUCUACAGCUUCUUCUUCUUCUGCAAGAGGGCCUCUGUUUUCUUUAGACUUCUCUUUCUGUCUUCGCCGGUCCAGAGCGCUUAAGCUCUCCAUAUUUCCCAGUCCAUGCAGAAUCGGAGACAAAGCCAAGGCUCAGCCGCAAGAUUCUGAAGUCACUGCAGCUGUAGAUGCCUUAACUGGUUUCAAGCAUCUGCUUCUUCCAAUCGCAGAUCAGAACCCUUAUCUUUCUGAGGGUACAAGACAGGCAGCUUCAACAACUGCUGCUUUGGCAAAGAAAUAUGGGGCUGACAUUACAGUAGUGGUUAUUGAUGAAAAGGAGAAAGAAUCAUUGACGGAGCAUGAAACCCUACUGUCCAGCAUCCGGUGGCAUCUCUCGGAAGGUGGGUUUCAGGAAUUCAAGCUAUUAGAACGGCUUGGGGAAGGCAGCAAGCCCACGGCUAUCAUUGGUGAGGUUGCUGAUGAGCUAAAUCUGGAUUUAGUGGUGUUAAGCAUGGAAGCAAUCCAUUCUAAGCAUGUAGAUGCUAACCUGCUAGCUGAGUUCAUCCCUUGCCCUGUAUUACUUCUACCAUUAUGAAAUGUGUAACCGGUUUUAAACAAGACAAUGAUAGAACUCUCAUGCACAUUCCACUUCCUCCAAAGGAUUUUGUUAUUAGACUUGUUUAGCUUACCAUGGGUAGGCCCCUGUUUCUCAUUUACAAUCUUGGUUUUUUAGUUUAGACAAUGAAAACGGAUAAA